UUUUCGGCAACAUUAAAGUACGAAAACAUAUUUAAACUGUGUUAUUUUAUAAUACAUUCAUCAGAAUUGUGGGCAGCAUUAAAAAAGAAAAACUUGCUUAGUUUUCGACUAGACUAUUUUUGUGAAGAAUUUCCUAUUAUACUAUCUAAAUAGGGAUAUCCUUUGAGGAAGAGAGUAAUUUUUUUUCAAGACAGCAGAAUUAUCGUUGACAGAAUUAAGAAUUAUAUAAUUUUUGUUCCAAAGGUCUCCCACAAUGCAUCAUGAUUGGCAGCUUUAUCACGAAAAAAAAAAGGCAACAAGCAUCGUAAAUAAAAAGAAUUGAUUAAUAAGGAAGAUGUUUUUCAUAAAUAAAAUGAAAUCAUUUUGGUUACUAACAUUCUGCUUAGCCUGGCUCGUGAAUCAACAUAUGUGUCGGCAUUUGGAGGCAGGAUCUUGUUCACGAAAGUGCCAAAUGAUUAUGCCUCAGGAAAAUGUUACAAUUCCCAGUGAAAGUAUGGGCAAUCUUUCGCCGACAGCAUGCUCUUGCAGCUCAAGCUGUUUUGUAUACGGAGAUUGUUGCUACGAUUCAGAAUCUCGCUCAGUUGGAGUAAACCCAUCCGUCCGAAAGAUAUGUCUUACUCUUUCUGGCAAAGCUAAAUACAAAGCAGUUGCUGACUGCUCAGCAACUUGGUCCGGAUUAUCCGUCUUUUGCUCAGAAGGUAUUGGGCAUUUACCACCUGUAACUAGCAAAGUAUCUGGAGUUACCUACAUAAAUGUUCAUUGUGCUAUUUGCAACAACGAUGCAGAAGAGCUGAAGACUUGGGAUGUUUAUUUGAAGUGCUGUUCAGAGCAUGAUGAUCUAGAUGACCAUAUAGAACGCCAAUUUGUGUACAGAAAAGGCAAUUUACAAAGCGUGAUUACAGAUCAGGGCAAUGGUUUCCGAAGAAGGUGCAUUUGCAAAUUCUUUGCUAAUGGGCAUAAUAAUAGUUUCACAGACUCACUGGAACUCAGAACUUGCAUGCCUAGAUUAGAAAUCUCGAAAUGCUCAACAACGUGGACGAAUAACUCUAUCCGUAAUCUGUGCUAUUCCUACCAAGAACCUAUCUUCUCAGAGGAAAAAGUAUACAGAAACUUGCAUUGUGCUGAAUGCAAUUAUGAGAAUCUAGAUUCGUUGCGAUGCUGGCCAGUUGUUGUAGAACGAAUGCUAUCUGAGGGAUCUAAUUACAGCGACAUUUUUAAUCAUUGUAUGGUAAACAACCUGCUCGAUUGUUUGUAUUAUUUCUCUCUGUUAGGUUACGGCAGAGGUAGAGGUUAUGCUUUACAUAAUUUAAUGAAAAUCAAUAUAGAAGAAUGUGUUCCUGAGUCUGGGAGACGGUGUUGUGAGGGUGAGCGAUAUGAUUUCAGAUCUAAAAGGUGUAGGAAAAUAAACUGAUUCUUUCAGAGACGAAUUUCGGAUUCAUAUUACGAUUUAGUUUGAAAUACUUGAAUGAACUUUUCCGUUUGUAUAGUAAGUCAGUAUGUCUAAUGGUAUCGAGAUAUUUGAAGAGCUUAGCGGAUGAAGCAGGUAAGUGACAUUUUGUAGAGUAUUUUUUAAUCAGAGAAACUAACAUGAGGUUCUGGUAUCAAAUUGGGUAUGUUUAAUGUAAUGUAAUUGUUUUUGUUUCCACUUCAAUAUUGGUUUAACUAAUCCAUAUUAGUUUUGAGUAUGCUUGCAUGAUUUUUAUGUCAUAUUGGGUGGGGGUAUAUAAAAUAAGACCAUGAAUCAUUAGCUCCACCUUUUAUUAAUCUACAAUAAAAUAGUUAGGAUAUUACCCUGAUUAUAGCCACUUUGAAAAUGUCACUUACCUACUUCACCCUUGCAGCUCUUCAUUUGUAAAGAUCAUCAUAUGUUAAAUGUAUAAAUUUUGAUUUGAUUUUCGUGACCGGUAAGCAUCAUGGUUCAUCACAUUUCAGUUAAUUAAAAAUCAUCAUUAGUACGAAGUGUACUAAUUCAUUUAUUAUUCAGUAAUACAUCGAGAAAAAAUAUUUUAUAACCGUCGUUGAACAGCCGAUCUGAUUUUUGGUUAACGACUACCAAUGUUUAACUCCGUACCUUCAUUUUGAACCCAAUCCAGAAGACAAGGGAGUUUCUGGAUUACAAGACAAGAGACCCGGAGACAAGUUUUGGGUCAAAUUUGCCUUCGUGGAGGACGUUUUGGUGGAACUAACCUACAUUUGCGUUACACGGAGGGGAAAAUCACUGAAACUUCCCACUGUUAGUCUGACGGCCAGGGGACUCUAAACCGAAAUCUGUUUACCACAGAGAAUAUUUUACUUCAGCACUGUGGUCAGUGCAAGCCAGGUGCGGAAUUCACAUCUCUCAGCCAUUGCUUGGAUUCGAACCCGUCCAUGUCAUUGAAAAGUGAGAGCUCUAUCCCCUGAAUCACCAUGGCUCCGAGGGGGGAAAAUAUUGCAGACUGCAGACCACACAUUCAUUUUUUUUUUGCUUGGAUAAAAGAAAAAAAUGUUCUAAUGAGAAAAUGAUAGCUAUCGCCGUCGGGAGUUUUCGUUGAGAAACUGUAACAAAAUAUAUCAAUUGGGUACUUGCAACUCUAGAAGACGAUCACUGAUACACAGACACUGAAUUAUGACCUAAACUCCAACUGAUCGCUUAUGAACUAGACUAUGAUCUGAAAUCGAGCUAAAUUUCUCCACGUAAGUUAUAAUGCUAAACGUGAAGUUAAUUAAAUGCAAAGCAGUUUCGAACAUCGAAUUUGUUAAAAUAUAAUUCUUUUUCGUCUACAUCUUUUACUUAACUUAGAUUUAUUAUUUUUUCAUGUGUUUUAUUAUAACCAUGAUAAAUAUUUUUUUUGUGUACCUGAUGACUGCGAUGUUUAAUUAGUUUGUUUAUGUUCUACAUGGUUUUGUUCCUGCCUUUGUGUUACGCAAUAAACAUAUAGUGAAAGAAUUGAAA